GGGAGCAAAUUCCUAGGGCACAACCAGCACGGAGAACACAAGCCAAAUUUUUUUAUUACUUCAAACACUUUUUGGUUUUGGCUUCAUCUUUACGUUCCUUUGUUUUGAGUUUCUAGAGCUGAACAAUGGCAAAUGGAGGAAUACAGCUUCUUGGUUUCACACUGGGCUUCAUUGGCUUCAUUGGGAUCAUAGCAUCUACAGUCAUGGUGGAGUGGAAGGCUUCAUCCUAUGCUGGGGAGAACAUCAUCACAGCCCAGGCCAUGUAUGAGGGGCUGUGGAAGUCCUGUGUAUAUCAGAGCACGGGACAAAUUCAGUGUAAAGUCUAUGAUUCCCUCCUCCAACUACCAGAUAUUGUGCAGGGAGCGCGAGGCCUGAUGGUGUCCUCCAUUUUGCUGUCGCUUAUUUCCAUCAUGGUGUCCAUGGUGGGGAUGAAGUGCACCACCUGUAUGUCAGAACAGCCGGAGCAGAAGAACAAAGUGGCUCUGGCUGGAGGGGUCGUCUUCAUUAUUGCUGGUCUGCUUGGUUUAGUGGGAACGUCCUGGUACGGCCACAGAAUAGCUCAGGACUUCUACAACCCAUUUACUCCAACCAAUUCCAG